AUGCCUUCGGCACCCCGCCAUCAUUCGGCGAGAGCGAUGCCUUCGGCACCCCGCCAUCAUUCGGCAAGAGCGAUGCCUUCGGCACCCCGCCAUCAUUCGGCGAGAGCGAUGCCUUCGGCACCCUGUCAUCAUCUGACGAGAGCGACACCUUCAGCACCCCGUCAUAAUUCGUCACCAUCGACACUACACUACUUGGGAGAAGACUAA